AAUGGAAAACUACACGUAUUUCUCGGAAAGAUGCCUAAUGCGUAAGAAAAAAACUGCAAAUCUCCCUCGGCAAGCGCGGUCCGUUAUGUGUUUCUCGUCUAGGCCACAUUUGAGAGGUCCGUAAUUCCAUUUAAUAGGAAGCUUCGUUCUACUUGUACCACUGGUGUGGGACGGGCUUAUUUUUCUCAUAUAUCAAACGUCUCCUGCCUCUAGUCUUUUGGUCUACAGCUCAUCCUUCCUCCUGAUUGGAGUCUGCUCUCUGCUCUGGGUUCUGGUCUCUCUUGACGCGACGGACAUGUCUUUUGUACCUCACUACAGCAACAAUUCUGCGAAUCGAGCGUUGACUCAUCCGUCACUUCAUCUCCGGGACGCCCAUGACGCUCAGGUUAUUUUGGAAGCCGUCAGGAGAAACAUAUUACCUCUGAUCAAGCGACGGCUUGUGGCUUCCGAGAGGGACCAGCUGACUGCGGGGAACGUUUUCGUCUGGGAAGAGGCGGAAGACGAAGGCGGUUUGCUUCGGUGGACCGAUGGACGACGAUGGUCACAAAGUCGCAUGCGUGGCGACUACUUAUUUUAUGAAGAAAAGGUGGAAACGACUCAAGAAGAACGAGAUGCGAAGGCCGCGCGCAGAGCCCGGAGAGCCACAGAUCCGACAGCACUUAUACCUCCCCCUACAAGACGAAAGGAUCGUCCGUCAAAGCCUAAUGGACUGACGAAGCAGACUUAUUCCGCCCUAGUCUAUCUUCCGGGCGCCAAAGAAGGGCGUAAGUGGCACGUCGUUGCUUAUUUCUCGGGCAACGACUACUCUUCGCUCCCAGUCAUCGAAAACUACGAAAACCUUCGUCGCAUUCAGGUACCGAAGGGCGUCAUAAUGACGACCAAGACUGUACCUCUGAGGACGGAUCGUUUCUCGUAUUAUUCCGACGACACUGAAGCGAAUGACCAGGCGGGACCUUCGAGGCACUCCGAUUAUGGAACUCAAAGCCCAGCCUCCCCGCCAACACCUUCGAUGUCCUCGCCAUUGGUCAACCCCGGUUCUCUCCAGCUAUCGAUGCCGAAUUUCCACGCUCGCGAUCCAAACCAGCGGGUUAUUCUACCUCCUUUGUCAGCUAUGGGAUAUCCUGGUCGUUCUCACACUCAUGAAAGGACUUCUUCGUCGUCCAGUCGUGGGGGUGCAACCCCCGUUCCGGCAUCAUAUACACCCUUAUCGUCAGAGGAUCGCCGAGUGUUGGACAGGUUUCGAAUCGGUUUAUGACAUCUAGGUGGGCUGUUUUUACCGACCCGGUGCCAGUAAAAUCGAAUCUCAACAUGUGCAAUAGCUUAAAGUGUACUGUUCAUUGCUCGAGAUGGAUGA